AUGUUUAUUUCUGUUUGUUUUUUCCUGCAGUACUCUCCACUGCUUAAGAAGCUGUAUUGUCAGAUCGCCAAGACCUGUCCGAUUCAGAUCAAACUGGCUUCCUCGCCCCCAAACGGCGGUGUGAUUCGAGCCAUGCCCAUCUACAAGAAGGCCGAACACGUCACAGAGGUGGUCAAACGCUGUCCUAACCAUGAACUCGGACGGGACUUCAAUGAAAGUCAGACAGCUCCUGCCAGUCACUUGAUUCGGGUGGAGGGCAGUAAUCUGUGUCAGUACGUGGAUGAUCCUGUGACGGGCCGACAGAGUGCUCUCGCUCCGUAUGAGGCUCCACAGGUGGGCACCGAGUUCACAACGAUUCUGUAUAAUUUCAUGUGCAACAGCAGUUGUGUCGGUGGAAUGAACCGCAGGCCCAUCCUCAUCAUCAUCACGCUGGAGACACGAGAUGGACAGGUUCUCGGCAGGCGUUCGUUUGAAGGCCGGAUUUGUGCCUGUCCCGGUCGAGACCGCAAAGCAGACGAGGAUCAUUUCAGGGAGCAACAGGCACUAAAUGAGAGCGUGGCCAAAAAUGGAAAUGCCAAUAAACGAAAUUUCAAGCAGACUCCAGCCAAUAUUACAGGCCCUUGCAUCAACAUCAAGAAGAGGCGACAUGGAGAAGAGGAGAUGUAUUAUAUUCCAGUGCGAGGCCGGGAAAACUUCGACAUCCUGAUGAAGAUAAAGGACAGUCUGGAACUUGUGGAGUUUGUACCACAACAGUUAGUGGAUUCAUACAGACAACAACAACAGCAGCUCCUACAGAGACAGUGAUAUGUUCCUCU